UCGGUCUUGGUCGGCUAGACAGUGGUGUGCCCUUUAAGAUCAAGUCUCGCCACUCCGGGAACGGGUGUCCUGGCUGCCUAGGCUUGAUCUCUGCCUUGGCCCCUGAAAUACUGUCUAAUCCACCAAUUCACACCUCAGCACACAAAACAUCCGUCUAAUAUUUUCCGUUCAUCUGUGGUGUGAUUCAAGUCAACAUAACCAGCUGCAAUCUGGUGACAUUGUUUAUAAUAAACGCUGAGACUACUCAGUUGAAUGACAAUGAAUUCAACAACAUUGCUCUCUACCCCCCCGGAUACUUACUGGGGCCAAUUUGACGAGAUCUCUAAAUACAACACUCAUCUCAAUGUGGCUGAGAGGCUGUGGGCAGCAUAUUAUGCAUGGAUGCAAAAUGAUGUUCUUGCAACGGGCAUUAUGUCCUUUGCAAUGCAUGAAUUGGUGUACUUUGGUCGCUCAUUGCCUUGGAUCUUCAUAGACACCUUGGGACUCUUUAAUGGCUAUAAGAUCCAAAGUAACAAAAUUCCUUCUCUGCGAGAGCAAUGGGACUGUGCCAAAUUUGUCCUCCUUAGCCAUUUCACUGUUGAAUUACCUCAGAUAUGGCUCUUCCAUCCAAUGGCUCAAUUUUGUGGACUGUCCACAUCUGUUCCAUUUCCCUCUAUCUGGACAAUGGCGUACCAAAUAAUGGUGUUUUUCAUUAUGGAGGAUGCUUGGCAUUAUUUUUCACACCGCGCACUACACUGGGGCCCUCUCUACAAGGGAAUUCACAAGAUCCAUCAUCAGUACUCAGCACCGUUUGGACUAGCCGCUGAAUAUGCUUCACCUAUUGAAGUUAUGAUUCUCGGAUUUGGAACCGUCGGCUGUCCGAUUCUCUGGUGCGCUGUGACCGGUGAUUUGCAUAUUCUUACCAUGUAUAUUUGGAUUAUCCUGCGACUCUUUCAGGCCAUCGACGCGCACAGCGGCUACGAGUUUCCUUGGAGUCUCCAUCAUUUCCUCCCUUUUUGGGCUGGAGCUGACCAUCAUGAUCUUCACCACGAGAAGUUUGUCGGUAAUUAUGCAAGUAGUUUCAGGUGGUGGGACUACCUGCUGGACACGGAGUACAGCCCGGAGGCUAUCAAGAGACGGAGGGAAAAGAAAAUCGCGAGAUCUUCCAAGAAGACACUGUGAUACAGUUGCAUCUACAAUCGGGUCUUCAUGGAAUCUGAUUGAAACGGAAGAGUUACACACUCCUUGGAAUAUUCAUAAAAUCAUGCCCUACAGCGGCAAUGUUAUUCUUGGCUCAUUAUGUAUAUAUUGAUUAACUACCUAUUGAUUAAUGAUGUUGAAUUAGAUAUCAGUGAGAUAAAUGCAGCAGCUGUGUUCUAGCUAUGUGAAAAGAUCUUCAAUUCAGCAGUACCCGGUAAUUGAUCCUUCGGUGCCAAUUGUAUCCAGAGAUGGCCCUCGCUGGAACGAUGUGACAUUUAUAAGUUAACAUGGGG